AUGCCUUCGUUUACGUCCAUCUCUAAGACUGGACUCAACGAUGAUAACGUCAUCUUUGACGCUAACGAGGACGGGGUCCAGCGUCUCGACCAGCAGCACAAAGUGGUCUACUCUGCAAUGCCUCAGCUCGUUCUCGCAUUCAUCGACCUUGCCGAGAGCGGAUACCGAGUCUUGGACCACGCUACUGGUAGUGGUAUCUGGCUACGAGAUGUGCGCCAGGCGGCCGGAGGUGCUUCGGGCACAUGGAUAGAAACCAUCAUUGAAGAUAGCUAUUUCCCAAAAGAGACUCCAAACGACACCUCGUACCACCAUCAGUCCAUGACCGAGCCGUGGCCGCUACAAUGGCAAUGGACAUUUGAUCUAGUGCACUCACGUAUGGCACUUCCGGGCGUCGGUCUCAGCUCACUGGAAGAUGCUGUCAUGAACCUAGUCAAAUUGCUAAAGCCUGAUGGCUGGAUUCAGCUGGUCGAGAUGCAGUGGCAGGACUGA